CAGGCCCAUAUAUAACAUCCCAAAUCGCUGCCUAAAACCCUAGUCUGAACAAAACCCUCGAUACUUGAAUUCAGACAAAGCUUCUGCCCAGGAAAUAGAAGGAACCCAAUAUGAGGGCAUUGGAUGAGAGUGAGACCACCCAAGUUUUCGAAAAGCUCUUUAAAUUUGUGGGAAACAAUCUGAAGAACAUUGUGGAGAGCCCAUCUCAUGAAGGUCCCGACCCAGCUCCAGGGCGGUAUUGUUUCCGUCUCCAAAAGAAUCGAGUCUACUAUGUGUCCGAGUCCCUCGUGAAGAGAGCCACUAACAUAAAGCGAGAUAAUCUGAUCUCGCUGGGGACCCAAAUAGGGAAAUUCACUAAAGGAGGCAAGUUUCACCUAACAAUCCAGUCACUGAAUUUGCUAGCUGCACACGCGAAACACAAAGUUUGGCUAAAACCCACAUCUGAGAUGAGCUUCCUAUACGGAAACAAUGUGUUGAAAGGCGGUGUUGGUAGGAUUACAGAGAAUGUCAACGAGCACGAUGGGGUUGUGGUGUUCUCGAUGUCCGAUGUGCCACUGGGAUUCGGCGUUGCUGCUAAGAGUACACAAGAUUGUAGGAAGCUGGAUCCUAAUGGGAAUGUGGUGUUGCACCAAGCUGAUAUUGGGGAGUACCUGAGGACGGAGGAUGACCUUUAAAACCGGAAAAGAUUACCGCUUGAAUUGGUUCAGUUUGUGGGCUAGUCUUCAUUUGGGAAAAUCAGCUUUGCAACAUUCCAGUGUAAAUCAAUUUUGGUAACUGAUAUCUCUUGCUGUUACCUGCAUUUACUAAAAAGUAUUAUGAUCAGAGCAUUAAAAUUUUAGAUUGAUUCCUAUUAUGCUUGGAUAUCUGUAGGGAGGAUUUUGAGCUUUUUAUUUCUUCCCAUGAAAUAUGGCUUUUAUUAUUGAUGUAGUUUAAAAGAUUUUGUAAUACUGUUUUCUGCUGAUCAAUUAAUACUAUAAUUCCAUGUGUCAAUUGCUUGGGCAAACAUGAAUGUAUAAUUUCUAAA